UUUUUCUCAAUUCUUUAAACUAAUGGUGCACUAAAACCCUAACACCACAAACACAAGAUAUUCCCAUCUUUUUGAAGUUUCAUGCAAAUUUUUGGAACCUAACCCAUAAAAAUUCAAAAACAAAGAAAAAGAUAAAAAUUCUUUUUUCUGGUGGAUUUCUUGAUUUCAAAAGCUUUCUAAUUUUGUCUCUCUUCGAUUGCUUGAUCCGAAUAUUCAAUCGAUAGAAAGAAGAAGAGGUGCUUAAGAGGAUCUUGAGACGGUGGUGGUGGGCAGUAGUUCUAUUCUUGGGAAGAAGCUAAGUUUAGUAGGUAGCCAGCCAUGGCGACAAAAGGAUUUGUAGUGUAUCUUCUCACAUGUUUCUCUAUUGCUAUUCUAUCGACUUUCUUCAUCAGCUCACCAUCAUUCAAUAACCAUGUUCUUCAACUUCUUAAUCAAGAAGAACCUCAUAUUGUGUUAUCUACUUUUAAAUACUCGAACCUAACGUAUUCGAGUAAUGGGUCUUACUCGGCUCAAGAGAAUGGACGGGACAUCAAGGUUUGGCCGGCGCUUGAGUUCAAUUGGAGAAGUGUAUUGGCAACUAUAAUUGGAUUUCUGGGUUCUGGUUUUGGGACCGUAGGUGGUGUUGGAGGUGGUGGGAUUUUUGUUCCUAUGCUGAAUUUGAUUGUUGGAUUCGAUACCAAGUCUGCCGCUGCUUUAUCGAAAUGUAUGAUUAUGGGUGCAUCAUGCUCAUCAGUUUGGUACAAUCUAAGAGUCCCUCAUCCCACAAAAGACGUUCCGAUUAUCGAUUACGAUCUUGCUCUUGUAUUCCAACCCAUGCUCAUGCUUGGAAUCACACUUGGUGUUGCACUGAGUGUUGUUUUUCCUUACUGGCUCAUCACCAUUCUCAUUAUCAUUCUUUUCUUGGGGACAUCAUCAAGGUCAUUCUUCAAAGGAAUUGAAAUGUGGAAACAAGAAACAAUCUUCAAUUCAGAAGAAGAGAAGAAGCAGAAUGCUAAUCCGUUGCAUAACUCCAAUGGCGAACUUCUGAUUGAUACAGAAUAUGAACCACUGGUUCCUAGAGAAGAGAAAUCCAAACUGCAAAUUUUACUGUUCAAUCUUAGAUGGAAAAGAACUCUUGCGUUAGUGAUUGUCUGGGUUGCAUUUUUGCUCUGUCAAAUGAUCAAGAACGAAACUGAGGUUUGCAGUGCAUGGUAUUGGACACUAAAUCUUCUACAAUUUCCUGUGGCUCUCAGCGUGUUUGGAUAUGGAGCAGCAAGAUUAUAUAGAGAGAGUAAGAGGAGGAGAGCGUGUGGUAACAGUGAACCAGUUUGUGAAGCUAAUAUUCAGUGGACUGCAAUUCAGAUUGCUUUUUGUGCACUCUGUGGAAUUUUGGGUGGUACAGUUGGUGGGCUUUUAGGUUCAGGCGGUGGUUUCAUUUUAGGCCCUCUUCUUCUUGAGCUUGGAGUCAUUCCCCAGGUGGCAAGUGCAACAGCAACUUUCGUGAUGAUGUUUUCAUCGUCCAUUUCUGUGGUAGAAUUCUACUUCCUCAAGAGAUUCCCAAUUCCGUACGCUCUAUAUCUUAUUGCAGUAUCUGUGGCAGCUGGAUUCUGGGGCCAAUGUUUCAUCAGGAAACUAAUUGCCAUACUGAAAAGAGCUUCAAUCAUUAUAUUCAUUUUGUCUGCUGUCAUCUUUGCAAGUGCUCUAACAAUGGGUGUCGUGGGGAUCCAAAAAAGCUUGAGUAUGAUACAUAAUCACGAGUACAUGGGAUUUUUGAACUUCUGUGAAAACUGAAAUCAUCCAUGGGAUUCUUCAAUGCUGCUGAAGCUAGAGAAGACAUUAAAAUAGAUAGGUCGUGGUAUUCAAUUCUAGGGAAAGCAGUACAAUGAGAGGUGUUGGUCAAUACCUUAUUGACUAACCACACGGAUACACUGCUAAGAAGGUAAUAAAAAUUUAGUAUUGAUGUUGAAUGGUGAUUUUUUUUGGGUGUCUGCUAAUUGGUGCAGCCUCGCCUUCAUUAUUGUCCCUCUGGAUCUUAAUUUAUUAGACUUAUACACGUUGUCCGAAAUGUAAGCAUUUAUGUUUUUAUGAAUGAAUCAAAUACAUAUAUGGAGAAACCACAAAAAGAAAAAUUAUGGCAAGCCUCUAUAGGCCUGGCCUUGUGUCUUAUUUCUUAAAUCAA